UACACAGAGACACAUUUAGUCCACAGCGUGUGUUCAACAAAGUGUGCUGCGAGAGCAUGUAGAGAAAACACAGUGAGAAAACAUGACAGGGUGAGAUAAAAUCUUCAAUGAACACACGCUAGUGAAGAUGUAAGGACAGGAGAAACACAGUUCAAAAGGAUUAUAUUUGGAUAUCUUACGGGAGAAAAAGAGCAGUGGAAAUCAUUUGGACGACUCUUAAACACUCUUGUGAUUUCAGUCACAGCUCAUGGAGGCAGAAUAUACGUGGAGCACUGAGAAUGUCUCCAUGCGCGGGAACGUUACAUUGGGUUUAAAUGACUCCUCUCCGCUCUCUCGGCCCGGCUCGGAGUACAGCGACGCAGAGGUGGUCUCAAUAAGCAUCCUAAUGGCCCUGCUGGUCCUGGGAAUUGUUUUCGGCAAUGUAUUGGUCAUCACUGCCAUUGUACGGUUUCAACGGCUGCAGACGGUCACCAACUACUUCAUCAGUUCUCUGGCCUGCGCCGAUCUGGUCAUGGGCCUGUUGGUGGUGCCUUUCGGGGGGAGUUACAUUCUCCUCAACACGUGGCACUUCGGAAACUUCUUCUGCGAGUUUUGGACGGCCACGGACGUGAUGUGCGUGACCGCGAGCAUCGAGACGUUGUGCGUGAUCGCCCUGGACCGGUACGUGGCGAUCAUGUGGCCCUUGCGUUAUCAGUCAAUGCUCACAAAGCGGAAGGCCUGGGGGGUGUUGUUAGGGGUGUGGGCGGUAGCCGCCCUUAUCUCUUUCUUACCCAUUCAUAUGAAGUGGUGGGUAUCUGAUGAUCCAGUGGCACUGAGCUGCAUGGAGAACCCCAACUGUUGUGACUUCAACACCAACGCCGCCUACGCCGUCACCUCAUCCAUCGUCUCCUUCUACAUACCGCUGGUCAUCAUGGUUUUCGUAUACUGCAGGGUCUUCCAGGAGGCCCGUCGGCAGCUUCAGAAAAUCGACCGCAUCGAGGGCCGAAUACGGACGCAGAGCUUUAGUACCCAAGAAGGAAACGAGGUGAAGAACCGGAGGACCAAGUUCGGCAUAAAGGACCACAAAGCUCUGAAGACCUUGGGGAUCAUAAUGGGAACGUUCACCCUCUGUUGGCUGCCAUUUUUCGUCCUCAACGUAGUGGCGGCCAUCUGGAAGAUGGACAACAUCAGAUUGCCCUUCAGGAUCUUGAACUGGAUCGGCUAUGCCAACUCUGGUUUCAACCCCCUGAUCUACUGCAGGAGUCCCGAGUUCAGAUGCGCCUUUCAGGAGAUCGUGCGCUUGAGAACUUCUCGCCCACCCGCCACAAGGAAAAACAAGGGGUACAUCUACAGCGGCGACAGUUGGAGGUGUCACACGAAAACCACCAGACAACGAGAACCUUCUUCGUCUAACUGUGAAACAGAGAUGGGUACUGACUGUUUGAGCGAGGAUGUUAAAAACACAAAUGGGAAUUGUAACAAUCACGUAGACAUUUUUGAACAAUUAUAACCCCGUCCCACAUGUACCGUACAUAGUUUUAAAGCACUACAGACAAAUUCCGGUGUCGAAAUUAUGUUUAUGAUGUACUACUGACAUACUGUGAUGUUUCAGGACAGAACGAAUAGAAAGUAUGGACAUUGGAUCGGAUUUUGCAUGUGAAAUCUUAAAGAAAAGACAGAAACAGUCUACCUCUGCACCGGAUACCUCUGGAACUACCUCACGACACAUCUCAAACCUGUGCAGUCUUUGUAUUUAUUAAAAAAACUCAACUUAUAUAUUUAAAUGCACUCUAAAUUUGGAUGUGCAUAAUAAUAUUUGACUUAAAGGGCCAUGGCCAAGGGGUGUUGUACCUUUGGACUCAAUACAUUCCAAUAAAGCUUCAGCUUUAGUCUGGGAUCUUCGGCACGAACCCUUUCCAGAGAGGUGAAAUCUAACCCUCUGAUGGGACGCAACAGGUGCACAUUGCCGUCUGUGCUAUAACCAGCUGUUCUUGUCAAAAGCAAGAAAGCGAAAGAGCCUAGCAGUUCCCCCUCUCUCUCUCUCUCUCUCUCUCUCUCUCAGACCCCCAACACUUUAACAUUUCCACUGGGAAAUCAUUUUAAGGUUACAGCUGAGAGGUUAUGUCUUUGUUUAUCGUAGGUAAGGUUUAUAUAAACACACAUCGCAGGCUGGUUCGCACGAAUAGUGAUGGUGUAAUUUAACCCGUCAAUAUUUGCAAUCAAAUUAAAAGGGCGGCGUAAACAAACGUUCAUUAUUACACAGUGAUUUGAAUAAUGUUCGCAUGUAACCCUAUUCGUUACAUUCGUUCAGAAAUCCGACUUAUUGGAUGUAUGUUUUACGUGCUGUUUGUGUUGUUGUCGGACUGUUUACAGAUACUGGAACAAACUGUCCAUAGGGCAAACCUCCUGAUAAUGAUCCAGCAGAUAUUUCCACGGGUUUCGUGUUAAUACCACAGGUUGUGUAACGCAUCCGAUUAUGGCCGGGAUAUUAAUGGAAAAUAUCUGACAUUAUAAAAGAAGGUUAUGAUUUAAAUAGCAGAUUCAAAUGUACAUUACAGCUGCUCAAUAACAUUGUGUUGAUGUUAUUGAUGGUGCACGUGUUGUUAUAUACAUUUAUGAGCUUAAGUCAGUGUUCGUGUGUGUGUGUGUGUGUGUGUGUGUGCGUGUACUUGUACAGCUAUCUUUGUCAUAACCAAUUGAUAAAGCAUCGGAGCGAAGACAAAGACAGUAAAGUGAGGACAUUUUGUCCGGUCCUCACUUUCUGGCAUCCCUUUAAAGGCCUGUUGGGGGUUAGGGUUAGGUUAAGGUUGGGGUUAGGCACUUAACUGCGAUGGUUGGGGUUAACGUGUGCGUGCGUGCGUGCGUGCUAGCGUGUGUGUGUGUGUGUGUGUGUACUUAGGGUACAGCUCCUAGGUAAAAAAGAAGUACACUUCAAUAAUGUACUAAUGUUUUACUUAAUAUACAAGAAAAUCUUCUUAAGUACUUCUUAAAAUAAUCUUAAGUGUAUUUAUCUGUGCUAUUUCAAAACGCCAUGAUUAUUGUGCUAAAAUGUAUUUAAAAAUGUAUUUAAGUACCAUUUGUUGUAAACUUGAACCUGUAUUUGUAUGAAAGAUGGGUUCAAGUUUAAUACAAGUGGGAACUAAAUAUUAUUUAAACAGAAAUAGUGUUAAAUAUGUUAACAUUUUAGUUCAUAUUAUUAUAAUAUCAUAUUAUUAUUAAGAAUAAUUUUUGUAUAUUAAGUACAAAUUUAGGGUGUGAAAAUAGAGCACUUUAAGACGUGUACUACAAUUAUUUAUCAUCCUCGGAUUAAAGUGAAGACAUUUUGGCUGGUCCUCACUUUUUGACUAGUGAGCUGUACAGUUGUUUGUUUGUUUGUGUGCGUGCGUGUGUGAUGUGAUACACAAACAAGAUUUGUAUUUCUAAAUAUAAGUAUUUCUCAACAUCUAUCUAGUAUUGUUUUGUGAAAUCUGUUCUUUGGGUAAAAAUCUGUGAGGCUUGAAUUGCUUUCAUUUUGUAAAGCAUUAAUGGUGCUUCCCUUACGAAAAUUAACCAUGGUUUUACUAGAGUUAAAACCAAAAUACCAUGGUUACUGUAGUAAAACCAUGGUAACCACAAAAUAACCAUGGUUUUGACAACCAUGGUUUUCAAAAAACCUAGUUAAACAAUGGUUAAUAUAGUAAAACCACAAUAAAACCAUGGUUAAUUUUCGUUAAGGUUUGUAGUGGGUACUGUGUUACGUCAUACGUUUCAUUUUGAGCUUAUUGGUAAUAAUAACUUUUUAAAGUCUUGAUUGUCUUAUAGGCUCACGUGGCAAAAAGUAUGUACUAGAUAUUUAGCAUUUCCACGAAUGUGAAUGUUGCCUAAUGUGUUACUGUGUCAUGUUAUGACGACACAUCUCUAAACUUAGUUUGUGUCAUUCCACGAAACAAGAGCGACUGUUUCGUCUAUGCUCCUAUAUGUUUCGUUUUAAAGUGUAUUAUUUUGUUUAUUUAUUUUUGUAUGUCCAACCUGCUGCUGAAUGUACACGUGAAGAAUUAAACAUGGCUGUUUGUAA